GCUGGCCUGGGAGGAAUGGGUGGGAGUCAGGGAGAGAAGUGCCCUCCAUCCUGUGCAAGCGCCACUGUGGCCACCCCACUGAUCGCUGGCUGACUGGCAGGCUUGUCCAGAGGCAUCGUGGCCAGAGGCAUGGCGGUUCACGGGUGAGGAGACCGGGCAGUGAACCCCGGCCUCCUCUGGUCACAUCAACACAGGACUUGAGCUGAGACGAAAUUCACUGCCCUGGAGCUUUUCACUAUCAGGCCACACAGAAAUUAGAGAGAACUUUGAAGUUGUCCAUUCUGUCUGGAUCGAACAAGAGCUUAGUUGUCGUGAUCGCCUUGAGAGAGGAUGAUGCACAGGAGAAGGCGCUGACAGAGGAGUGGGAAACCUGGAUUCUCGAGUGGGCAGUAACAGGGCUGGAUCUGGUUUAACAACACAGGAUUCAAUUUCCUGGGUCAGGUGGAUCUUCAGCAUAUGAACCAGAUUUGAACAUGGAAUUCAAUCCUUCAGACCAUCCUCGGGCCAGCACAAUAUUCCUCAGUAAAUCUCAGACGGACGUGAGAGAAAAACGCAAGAGUCUCUUCAUUAACCAUCAUCCUCCAGGACAAAUAGCAAGGAAAUACAGCUCCUGCUCUACUAUUUUCCUAGAUGAUAGCACAGUCAGUCAACCAAACCUCAAGUAUACAAUUAAAUGUGUAGCUCUCGCAAUAUAUUAUCACAUCAAAAACAGGGACCCAGAUGGAAGGAUGCUCUUAGAUAUUUUUGAUGAAAACCUUCACCCUCUUUCGAAAUCCGAAGUGCCACCAGAUUAUGAUAAACACAACCCAGAGCAGAAGCAGAUUUACCGGUUUGUUCGGACACUGUUCAGUGCUGCUCAACUGACAGCUGAAUGUGCCAUUGUCACCCUGGUUUACCUUGAAAGACUCCUAACGUAUGCAGAGAUCUAUAUCUGUCCGGCCAACUGGAAGCGAAUUGUUCUAGGGGCAAUCCUGCUGGCCUCCAAGGUGUGGGACGACCAGGCUGUGUGGAAUGUGGAUUACUGCCAGAUCCUAAAAGACAUCACCGUGGAGGACAUGAAUGAGCUAGAGCGACAGUUUCUUGAAUUGCUUCAGUUCAACAUCAAUGUUCCUUCCAGUGUUUAUGCCAAGUAUUAUUUUGAUCUUCGUUCUCUGGCAGAAGCAAACAACCUGAGCCUUCCCUUGGAGCCUCUGAACAGGGAGAGGGCUCACAAGUUGGAGGCCAUCUCUCGCCUCUGUGAGGACAAGUACAAGGACCUGAGGAGACCCACGAGGAAACGGUCAGCAAGUGCUGACAAUCUGACUCUGCCCAGGUGGUCCCCAGCCAUCAUCUCCUAACUGUUGGCAUCUUCACUGGAGGCCAUACCAUCCCGCAGUUUCUCCUUUAAUUUGAGAAAAGACACACUUGGGGUGGUUUUGUUUGUUUUUCCUUACCUUUUCUUUCUUAAUUCAUAGCUGCGUCAGGCUGCCCGGGUGACUGCCUCUAAGCUGUGUGGCCCACUCACAGCAAGGCUUUGAGGGAAGCGAAAUCAGUAUUCUGGAAAUCCUGUUUCAUGCCUUUCCCCAUCAUCAUUAACAGCACUUUCUUCCUGGAGGAAAAAGACUCUAAUCCCGGAGGAGGAAAUAAAGGGAAAGGGAAGUUGUGUAGAGGCGGAGGAAGUGGUUAAAUGACUUGGCCAUUUUCUUAAGUCCCUCGUCUGAUCAAUACGUGAAUAGGACGGAAAACACAACAGUAGAUAACAAGGUUGGACGUGCAUUAAAGACAAGAGUGCCGCAUUUAUUACCCCCCAUGUGUAUCAGUAUGUUCUGUGUGACUUCUUGCAUUCCUUCUUGCUGUUUUAUGGGGUUUGGGAGAUUUUUGUUUGUUUUUGUUCUGUUUUGGUUUUGGCCCCACAGAGCAGAGAAUAGUUUGUUCCCCGUGGCACAGCCAGCCAAAUAAAUAAUACCGGUGGUUUCCGUUUGCACUAUUCCUAUGAGCUGUCUUCUCAGCUUUCUUCCUCACAAGUAGGAUGCGCUUGACACAUUUCUGUACACCUUUAUUUUAUAGUUUUUCUUCAGUAAUGGUAAAAAUUAACUUGACUUUAGUACUGAACCAAAAGUACCCCUUUCUUUCCUAAUUCUUCACCCUAAGAACAUUCUAGAUAACAUGGGUGCUUGUGCCUUUCUUGCAUUUUUUUUUUUUUUUCUUUCUCUGACUUGAAAUCAUAGCUAUGAAUCAGUCAGACUUUUGGGCUGAAGGAAACAGUGUGCAGCAAAGGGUAUCCUCCAUAUGAGAUUUUUCCAGAGUGCUAGGCGUCUGCCUGAAGUUACUGAGUAGGAGCCAUUUCUUUGUACUCCCUGCUCACUUCAUUCCUCUACUUCCUUGUCCAUUGUUGCAAGCAAUAUUCUUCUCAAUUUUUAUAUGUUUACUUUAAAUCAAAGUUAGUCUAUUUGUAUAAAGUUUUUUAAAAAUCUAAAAUUGAAAAAAAAAUAGGGGUGGGUGGGUAUUCCAGUGGGAAGAUCAUUGAAGGGCAAAUGUUCCUAUUUACUGAAGUAUUUUUCACAGAAUGAUUGAUUUAAAAAAACUCAACUUGCAUUUUCAUUGUGGGUGCUUAGAGAAGUUACACAAAAUUCAAACUGUGAAGGUUUAUGCUUCAUUCAUUAUCAUCAUGCCUUUUGUUCUCUGAUUACCCCUAUUCUUUGAAUGGUAUAGAUAAGAAUCUUUUAUAUCAAGUUAAGUAAAAGGUUAAUGAUAGAAUAUCAAAAUGAUAGAAUUUCAGAAUUUCAAAAAGUAAAUUUGAUAUUAGCUCUAAGAAUUUGAGUCAAUGAAGCUUAUGAUGCUUUGGGUUUAUGCAUAUUUUCUGGGUCACAAUGACAAAGGUUUCUAAGUUUUUUCCUUUUUUAAGCCUCUGAGGCAAAAUGGCAGCCAAAAAUCUGUGUUUCACCUUUUUCCUCUGUGAACUUGGAAAAUUUUGGAAUCUUACAUUAAUUAGUCUUGAGUACCCUAAAAUCAUACACCUGGUCCCCAAACAUGCCUGCUGCUCCUGAUGAAACAUGCUUUGGAAAUGGAAGGAACUCAGAAAGUUGAAAUCCCAAGAAUACCAAGCCAAAAGUACUAGGCAAGUUUCAGUGAAAUUUGUAUCAUGUGUAAACAUAACUAUUUGGGCCAGAAAUACUAAGGUUUUUUUCUUGUCUAGACUUUCAAAAGCAAAGAAGCUGAAUAUGAGAAGUUAAUUAUCUUUCCAUUAUAUUGUGUUGAUACACUCUGUGUGAGUACCAAAAUCAUCUUUUCUCUUCAAGAAAGAGUUGGAUCUAGAACUUUGGAUAGAGGUCUAAAAAUGUAGAAAGUAUCAUUUUAUAUAUUCCCUAAUCUAUAUAGCUUAAAAAGGGACAUAUUUUCUUAGUGAAUAUGAAUACCUCUCAACCAUAAAUUAGUUCCUCUCAUGUAAAGUAUCUUAUUUUACCAGUCCAUUUCAGGAAAGAGGUUCUGCUGCCUUUAAAGCAGAAAUCUUAUUUUUAUCCCUUUUAUUUGAAUGAGAGAGAUUUGAAAAUUGAAUUAUGUAAAUAUUUCAAUGCAUCUGCUAUUAUUUUGUGGAGUUUAUUAAACUACUUUUCAAAGUUGUAUAGUCUAUUUAUUGUAUGUAUGUACAUAUAGUCUGAUAACUUAAAAUUUAAAGUGGAUUCCGUAAAACCUGGCUCAGUCUUGUUUAGACUUUUGAACAUUGUUUUAGCCUUGUGCACUGGACUCUACCUCUGUAUAGGAAAAUUUUCCAUAUUCAUUAAUAAGUAUUGGUCUGUAUUAAUUGGUUAUGUUCCUUGCAGUAAGGAUUUUUUAAACUCUGCUGUAAGUGUAGAUUUUAGUUCACUUUUGCAGUAUGAAUCACUUGACACAUAGGUAGAUACUUUAGGUUUGUUUUAUUUUUCUACAGGAUGAUAAAGACUUACAUUUUGUUCUCUGGAUUGUUCUAAGUUUGCCAAAAAAAAAAAAAAAACAACAACAACAAAAAAACCAACUCAACAACCAGUACAGUACCUAAUGGUAAAAUCACAGUGACUGUAAUUUGUUUGCAAGGUGAUUCAAUGCCCUACAAUUAAAGCUGGAUUGCUCUUUAGGAACACAUUGUCUUAGUGUAGUUUUUGAAUGAACAGUUUUCAUCAUUAAUGAAGGAUGAAGAAAACCAUGCAGUUUGACUUUAAUUUUCUAUUAAACAACAAGUAAAGUCACUGGGAGAAUAAAUAUAUCCUGAUGGAAUUUUUUUUGUUUAUAUUUUUUUUUGAUUGGGAAAAGGGAAAGAAGUGACGAAUUUACAAAUUGGAAGGCAAGGUGGGACCCUAAGAUCCGAUUUGUGCUCCCGCGCCUGAAUGCACUGGGUGUAGCUGGUGUUAGCCUCAUCCCUGUUCCCUCUGGCUCCUCUCCCGGGCUGACUCUUGAGUUCUCAUUGUCUUUGGCGGGGCAUCUCCUUGGGGUAUCCUUUGGUUCUUGGGAUUUUAAUCCUCAGCUGAGUUGCAAAGCAGAAUUUUGGGAGUGAGCAACUUUCAUCCUUUCCAGCUGCUUUUGGUAACCUCUCACCUGGGGCCAUAUUUUACAGCUUUGAAUUUUUUUAAACAAUAAAAUUUAAUUAUUGGUUCAUUGUAGAUACUUAACAAGUGUUAAAUAAAUAAAUAUAUA